AUGGCUGCUGAUAGGGGUCAAGAUAUAAUUACACUCACUACUGACAAACUUUCUGCUGAUAGUGUUUCUCAAUCCGUUACAUGUCCCUCCUGUGGUGCUGUAUCUCUGUUUAUUGGGACUACCAGAGAUAAUUUUGAGGGGAAGAAAGUGAUCCAGCUCGAAUAUGAGGCGUACGGUCCAAUGGCAGAGUCAGAGCUCAGGAAGAUCUGCUGCAAGAUCCGGACAAAAUGGCCCAGCGUCAGACAUAUUAACAUACAACACAGACUUGGUGUGGUUCCUGUAACAGAAGCAAGUGUUAUAAUUGGGAUCUCAUCACCGCACAGAAGUGAUUCCCUGGAGGCGGUGAAGUACUGCAUCGACACACUCAAAGCUACCGUGCCAAUCUGGAAAAAGGAAAUAUACGAGUCUGGGGAGCCGUGCUGGAAAGAGAACAAGGAGUGUUUGUGGGCGGAUGCUGGGAAGGAUCCCAAACAAAGCUGAACUGUUAACUAGCAAAUGAGCUACAGUAAAUCUCAUGAAGCACCAAGAGUUUUUAUUGAAAAAAUACAAAGCUUAAAGUUUUCCUGUAACACCUGAUGAAACGUAUAGAUUUAUAGAUUUAUCCUGCUCUUCUCUUAAAGAAUAGAAAGUCUUAAAAAUGUACCAGUGCAAAAACAUCAUGUAAACAUUAAGGGAAAUCUUUGCCUUUGAUUAGACAGGCCUCAAAGAUUUCCUAAAGACGUCUCACAUCAAAACAUCAGUAAAAGUUAAACCCUGAAUUCACAGAUCAAUUUAUUAAAAACACUUUUAUAUACAAUUAAUAUACAUGCAAAUAUGUUACACAUUUCAGACUAUUUGGCUACAUUAUAUAAUGAUUGGAUCAUUUGUUAAUGGAGUCCGUUUGAAAUGUCAUGAAACAUAUUUGCAUGUAUUUAUGAUUUACUGAUAUUAUGCUUUAUCUCAUGUUCAUAAAUGACCGGUUAGAAAUAAGAAACAUUUUAAUUAACAUUAGAUCUUGCAUUAUAGUCAUGCUUAAAUCAUUUGUAAGAUUUAAAGGAGAAGUCCACUUCCAGAACAAAAAUUUACAGAAAAUUUACUCACCCCCUUCGUCAUCCAAGAUGUUCAUGUCUUUCUUUCCUCAGUCAAUAAAAUUAUGUUUCUUGAUUAAAACAUUCCUGAAUUUUUCUUCAUAUAGUGGACUUCAAUGGUGCCCCCAAGUUUGAACUUCCAAAAUGCAGUUUAAAUUGCAGCUUCAAAUGGCUCUAAACGAUCCCAGCCAAUGAAGAAAGGUCUUAUCUAGCGAAACAAUUGGUCAUUUUUAAGCAAAUUGACAGUUUAUGUACUUUUUAACCUCAAACGCUCAUCUUGUCUCGUCUCUGCGAUGUGCAUGCGUACUCUGUGUAAUCCGGGUCAAUACAGUUAGGGUAUGUUACGUUUUCUUCUUCAACGUCAAAAUCAUUCUACAUGUUCAUUCUACGCUGUUUUACCUUUUUUUGUAAAGGGCGUUUGAUCUUCUCUGCAUGUUUACUUUGUAAACACUGGGUUAGUACUUCUGCAGUGAUGUAGGAUGAUUUUGAAGUUGGGAAAGAAAUAGAGAUGGGAGGUUUUCGACAUACUCCGUAUUGAACUGUAAAAAAACAGAGUUCAUGCAGAUUUAGACAAGAUGAGCAUUUGAGGUUAAAAAGUAUAUAAAUUGUCAGUUUGUUUAGAAAAUGACAGAUUGUUUUGCUAGAUAAGACUCUUCUUCAGUGAAACAUAAUUUCUUUACGACUGAAGAAAGAAAGACAUGAACAUCUUGGAUGACAAGGGGGUGAGUAAAUUCUCCGUAAACGUUUGUUCUGAAAGUGAACUUCUCCUUUAAUGCUUUUUUAAGUUUUUAAAAAGUGUUUCUUAUUACUAACUUGAUUCAUUUGUGCAAGUAGUUACAAUCGUUUAUUUUCUCAUGCAGUGUCAGUCCAUUUCCCUGAUGUGUUAUGUACGGUGGCACUGCUCACUAUUUUAGUUACUUGCUCAUGCUUGCAUAGUACAGAAAAAAAAGUGACAGUGGCAGAAUUCACAGAAAUAAACUCGACACAGCCUACUUUACCAGUGUAAUGCCACUUUGGGCAUAAAAACAUUUGUUUUAUGUUUGCAUUUUGUAAUUGCAAAAUUGAUCUCAGUACGAGUUUAUAACGGCUUCUUUUCACUGAUAGAAUUCGGAAGAUAUGCAUGGUAUCUUUUGAAAAUUUUAGGAAAAGAGGUUUUUUUUAGUACUCCACUAUAUAAAAUAAAUGAUCAAAUGUGUUCAAAAGUUACUCAUAUGCUACCAGUGAUCUCUUUAGGCCUCUUUGGUUUUCACAAGUAUGCUAGGGUACAUUCGCGUAUGACACGAAUACGCACAUGCAGCGUAAGUCCAAAAGCUGAUGCCUCGACUCUGAAUAGCCAUAGUUUCAUGGUCAACUCUAGCAAAUGAAAUCUGGCUCACUUAUUUAGUAAUCCCUAUAUAGUGCAUGUCAGUUGAACGCACUGUAUCAGCAAAUAGUGAACCAAAUGAAGCAAAGACUUAUCACACUGGGUGCAACAGUUGUCACAAAAACAGCUUUGUCAUAACACCCUUACCCAGCUGUUAUAAUAAUAUGGAAAAUGUGUUCUCUCUCAUUCAUUUAACUCUGAAAGAGCAUUCAAGGGCUGGUUUUCGUGACUUUUUCCUUUUUAAAGCUGCAUUACGUAACUCUUUCUGGUUAAAAAUUGUCCAAAAUCAAUUGUUGAGCAAGUACAUAGUGUUCAUCUCCUUAUUUUACCCCGAUCCACGACGGUAAACUUAUAAUAUUUUAGAAUUUGAGUGGUUCAGGUUGUUCAUCUUUGUGUCAUUGUUAUCGCAUAUGUGGAUGCCUCAGGUGGCAGAUUAUUUGUAGCCUCUUCUCACAGCAGAUGGAAUAAUUGACCCUUCGCAAACAGCUUGAUUGACAGGCGAUCUAACCAGUCAUAACGCAGAAUGCGCCAUUCUGUCCGACAAACAAAUCAGACGAAAGAGUAGAUUAACUUUGGUGGACUUUGUGCGUAUUGAUGUCUUUCUGCGGUUGAAAUAAAAUACGUUCUGAUGUUCA